AUGAUUUUAUAUUUGUUAUGUGCAGGUACAGAAAAAGAGAAGGGGCAGCUAGGUAUCGGGAAAUCUUGUCUUUGCAACAGAUUUGUUAGAACUGAUGCUGAUGAUUACAAUGUUGAUCACAUCUCUGUCUUGAGUCAGUCUGACUUCAGCGGCAGGGUAGUGAAUAACGAUCACUUUCUGUACUGGGGUGGUGUACAAAAGGAUAAUGAUGAUCAGGAAUAUCGAUUUGAAGUGCUCGAGCAGACGGAGUUCGUUGAUGACGCAUGCUUUCAACCGUUUAAAGCGGUUGGUAAAACUGAGGCAUACGUAAAGCGAUGCGUAGCAACAAAACUGCAGUCCGCUGAGAAACUGAUGUAUGUAUGCAAGAAUCAGCUUGGUAUCGAGAAAGAAUACGAGCAGAAACUGAUGCCAGAUGGAAAGCUCUCCGUUGACGGGUUCCUUUGUGUGUACGACGUCAGUCUGGUGCCUGGCAGGACUUGGGAGAAGCAGAAUGAAAUAACGGCAGCGAUCCUCCAAAACAUCCUCAAAUUGAAGAAGCCAGUGGUCCUAGUGACAUCGAAAAACGAUGAGUCCUGCGAACAAGGGGUCAGAGAGGCGGAAAGACUAGUUCAGAGGAAGGAGUUCAAGGGUUCCAUUCCAAUCGUGGAAACAUCGAGUCAUGAUAAUGUUAACAUCGACCAGGCUUUUUUUCUAUUGGCACAAAUGAUUGACAAGUCAAAGGCCAGGAUUAAGGUUGCAAAUUACGCUGAAGCGUUACGGAUAAGAAGAGAACAACUCGACUUUGUGACUGAAGCCUUCACUCAACUUAUACGAAUACACGUCCAGGAUCAUAAAGAAAUAUGGUCGGCGGCAAGCAAAAGACUAUGCAUUUACCCGGAAUGGACCAAAUUUGUUCAGCAAUUUGGCAACGAUGGUACUCAAGUCGUGUUCCGAAGACAUAUACGUCGGUUGAAGGAGGAACGGUCAGCAAAGAAAUUACGCAAGCAGUUAGCGAAAUUGCCGCAAGUCCUGGCUCGGAUGCAGUUGCCGACUGACGAUUUGCAAGAAAAUGAAUGGGGCGUCGUAGUUCGCCAGAUCAGGACCCAUCGCGAUUUCACGGUGUACUUCAGUGAGGGGCUUCGCCAUUCUUCAGGUUCCGGCUCCGGCUCUGAAGAGAGUCCUUUACCAACUGACACUACGCUACGGGUUGGAGAAAGAGCUCGAUAUCAGACUUUGGGACAGUCGCAGAAGAUCCCGUAUGAGAUUUUAGAAACGAAUGAGGCAGCCUCUGUUUUCAAGGCUUACCUUCACGAAGCACAAGAGAAGCAUAGAAAUAUGGAAUGGUGCCACCAAUUCAAGCGACUUCUAGAAGAGACAGGUUAUGUUACACCUGGCAAGCAGUUAUCUGAAGUGAGGGUGCUUUUAAUGGGGAGAGAAUGCUAUGAGGCACUCUCAGAAGACCAACAGCAGCGCGUCUAUGAUGACCAUCAGAGAGAGAUACAAAGACGGGCGAAGCAUAACUUUCAGGAGUUACUUUUGGAACACGCGGACUUAUUCUAUCACUUCAAAAGAAUAUCUCCAACGGGGACCAUAACACAAGAAGACAUUAAAGAGAUCACAGAUGUACUGCAAGAUGACUUUAGAUAUAAAAUGCUCGAUCGUAUGGAACAGGAUCGCAAGUUGAUGUUAUUCCAGCAUUUGGGUUUCGUUCAUUGCCCGAUGAGGGAACAUUGCCCUGCUGGAGCGAACUGUCUCGAUGCGACAUUGCCGGUUAUAUUGAAUACUAGAGUGGGUUCGCUGACGUCAACGGGCGAGUCUCAAUGUCAGGCGGGACCACCAGCUGCCCCGUGGGCACUCACGACUGAUACCAACCAAAUUAAUGUCAUCAUAUUAGGGGUCGAAGAUAUAGCGUGUGAAUUCGGUAAGCGGCUAAUAGCGGGUUGUGAUGGCGAUAAACGAGUGAAUGUUGCUUCUCAAUUAUGGAGAGUCGAACAAAAACUUGCCUGUCGAGAGAUUACUGAGACUCCUAGAGAUUUUGCCCCUAAUGGUUACUUCUGUGUAUACCAAGACCAAGUAUCGUUUGAAUACAUCAGAAAUUGCGCUGAGAAGACACUCCUGUCCAGUCUAGAGCAAGAAGAUAAAUUGCCUUUUCAGGGUCUUCCAUUAGUAGUGAUAUUUGUUCAAGACGAUGGUAUGGAUAAAAAGGAGUUGGCUCGGUUACAGGAAGAAGGACAAAAUCUUGCUGAUAAUCUACACUGUUCCUAUAUGGAAGCAUCAGUCAACGAAUUGGGAACUGAGGCGUUAACGGCUGACGCAGUGCAAGAGUUGAUUAGGGCUAAUCGCGAAAAAGCUAGUUAUGCUCAUUUGUAUAGAGACCUUAUUGUGUGCUAUGACGCUGAUAUACGGAUAAUGGUUUGCAUGUUUUGUGAUGACCCGUAUUCGCCGGAUCGCGUAUUAAGUCCGCUACUUUUACAUCGCGCGUGCUUUCUUACGGGAGACAGAUCGAUUGUCAUUGAAACAUUUCUCGGAGACUCGAAGCGUAAAGUCGAGGUUAUUAUAUCAAGUUUCCACGGCGCUAGUCAAUUUAGAGAAGAACUCAUACAUGGUUUUAUAUUAAUUUACUCUGCGAAACGAAAAGCGAGCUUGGCAACUUUGAACGCAUUCUCAAUGAACAUUCCUAAUCUGCCAAUACAAAUGGUGGCUGUAACGGAUGGAGGGGGUUCGGCAGCGAAUACCUUCUUUGGUACGGAUUUAGGACACGCCCUUAUUACGGACGGAAAUGCAACUGCAGAUCGUCUUGCGGCCCACUUCACUACGUACACGUAUAGCAAUACUGCUGAAACUAAAGCCGCCUUCUACACGCCGUUCUUUAAAGAAGUAUGGGAGCGUAAAGGCGAGAUCGAGCGUGCCUUUCGUAUGGAGCGACCGGCUGGUCCACACGCACACAAUUUACCCGAUGUGGCAGCGGCGAGACCGCCCAGAGAUCACGGUUAUCAUCUUGACCAUCCAAUGGAGCACAAAUUGACGAACUCGUUGGACCUGCUCAUUGGACCAGACUCACGCGCCGAUAUGGAUUCGGAGUACAGUGACACUAUGAAUAAUUCCAAGAACAGAAGUUUCCUCAAAGGUUUCAGCGUAUAUCCUCCUCCAAGUACUCCUCCGGAACCAGCUCCUCCAGACCAUAGAAUGCAUGGCGAUCUAUCACCGGAUCUCAACUGUUCGGAGGAUUCUCUCAGCACCCACGAGUCAGAUGGAGGAGGGUUAUGGCAGCCGGCUGGUUACGGGCCGCGUGCAUUUACUACGGGACGGGCGCGACCACACCCACCGCCGCAUAGACCCAGACAUUCACAAACUUUAAAGCAACCGGGUAAAUUAGAUAUGAACAACUACACAAUGGUUAGUGACGCGUUGCAGCACAUUACUAUCGGCCCUGCACCGGUUAGAGAGAGUAGAAAAUCUCAGAGAUCAGGAUGGUCUCACGGUCAACAAUCAGCGCAUCACCAUCACCCAUCAGGUGUCAGCUCCGAGACUGAACUUGAUGCUCAAUAUGCACAGAUUAAAGAAACCAAUGAAUAUAUGGAAGCUCCAUCUAUGACCCGGUUAAGGAGGCACAGAAGACACGAAAAGGUUCCUAUGCAUCAACCAUCAUUUUCAGAAACAGACAGUUCGGGAUCAAGCGAGGCAUCGGGUGGGGCUGCUCGCGUACACGCACGUAGACGUCACAACGCACACCAUGCACCUCGCCACUAUAAGAAACGGUCUCUAGGCAAUUUAGUAGCGGUUCAAAGUCCUCGAGUACCAAAGUUAGGUAUGUUCGUGGGACCGCCAGAACUUCCCACUGGCUAUCGUGCGAGAACGCAAGAGGAUAAAGCGAGUGAGUCGAGUGAGGGUAGUUCUGACGGUGAGUCUCGAAGGCCUCGACCUUUGCCUCCACCCCCGCACCACGAGCCAACGCAUAAGAUAUUAGCUGGUGAAUAUCCGUCGUCUGCGCAAGACAACUCGUCGUCAAGUGCGGCGGACUCACGAAGGAGGCCAACAGCCUUCAACAAACAUGAUAGGAGACAUAAGGAGCUAUCAAAGAAGGAUAAAAAGAACGCAGCGCAAGCAGCCAGUACGGUGUCCGCACAAAAUUGGGGUCCACAAGGUCCACACGGCGUACCUCUCUUUGUAGAGAAAUGCGUGCAGUUCAUAGAGAGAGAAGGUCUCGCGUCUGAAGGAUUAUAUCGAGUUCCUGGAAAUCGCGCACACGUAGAUAUGCUGUUCAAUAAAUUCCGAGAAGAUCCGAACAUAGAUUUAGAUGCUCUAGACAUUCCGGUGAAUGCGGUUGCUACGGCUCUCAAAGAUUUCUUCUCUAAGAAACUGCCGCCUCUUUUAGACGAAGCUAGUAUGGCGCAGUUAGAAGAUAUUGCGGCAAUGCGAGGUUGUAUCGCGGGUGGGGUAGAACUAAAGGACCGCAGUUGGCGUUUGUUGGCUUUGCGGGCGCUACUCAACUCGGCCCUUACUGCGCCAGCCAGGGCCACUUUGGAUUAUCUGCUAAAUCACUUUGCCAGAGUGGCAGAUAACUCGAAGCUGAACUCAAUGGAUAGCAAGAACUUGGCGAUAUGCUGGUGGCCGACCCUCCUUCCAGUUCAGUUCAGUGACAUGGGCCGGUUCGAGAUGACCCGGCCUUACCUUGAAGACAUUGUCCAGACUAUGAUUGAUCAGCACCCCUUCCUCUUCAGGGGGCAAGAGGCCUUCGUUAUGGUCUGA